UUUUGAAUCCUGCCUGAUACUCUGGAGUGUCCUUCUGUGAGCGAGCAGCAUUGUCAACCCUAACAUCCUGCACGACAACCAUAGACAUACUGCGCAAUGCAGUCAGACGGCAUGGACAUCGAAGAGAAAAACGGGCUCCUCCCGCUAGAGCAUGAGGAGCCUGUGUCUGUGCGUGAUCACAAGGCUUUUGCCCUGAAGCAUAUGCAGGACCUUGGAUAUGAUGUAGAAGACUUCAAGGUAUACACUUGGAAGUUGACGAAGUGGCGCUCGUUGGACAGGCGAUUAACAAGCCCAGAAUUUGAGUGCGGUGGACAUCGCUGGAGAAUUCUCUUGUUCCCUUUCGGUAACGUUAACGCGUCCACAAUUGACACCGUUUCGAUCUAUCUGGACUACGCAAAUCCUAAAGGCUCUCCGGAAGGCUGGCACGCAUGUGCGCAGUUCGCGCUUGUUCUCUCUAACAUCCAUGAUCCGACUUGCUUCAUUUCGAGCCAUGCACACCACCGUUUUGUCGCAGAGGAGUGUGACUGGGGCUUUACGCGCUUCUGUGAGCUGAAGAAACUGCAUCAAGUUCAGGAGAAUCUAGGUCACACGCGACCUAUCUUGGAGGACGACAGUGCUGAGAUAACGGCCUUUGUACGUGUGUUGAGAGACGAGACGGGGGUGUUAUGGCAUAACUUUAUCAAUUAUGACUCGAAGAAAGAGACAGGCAUGGUUGGUUUAAAGAACCAGGGUGCCACAUGCUACAUGAAUUCCCUUCUUCAAUCACUUUUUUUCACCAACUACUUUCGAAAAGCCGUCUACAAGAUACCUACCGAUCAUGAUCAUGCAACAGAAAGCGUCGCACUGGCAAUGCAGCGUGUCUUCUAUCUUCUGCAAACGUCCGAUCAACCAGUAGGCACCACCGAGCUCACAAAGUCCUUUGGAUGGAAGUCUCUCGAUUCUUUCAUGCAACAUGAUGUCCAAGAGUUCAAUCGCGUACUUCAGGAUAACUUGGAGACCAAGAUGAAGGGGACUGCAGCGGAAGGUGCCAUAUCAAAGCUGUUCACAGGAAAGAUGAAGAGCUAUAUCAAGUGUGUCGACGUGGAUUACGAGUCAUCUCGUACAGAAGAGUUCUACGACAUUCAACUGAACGUCAAGGGCCUCAGAGAUUUGCACGACUCGUUCCGAGACUAUGUCGCUGUCGAAACGCUAGACGGAGAAAACAAAUACAUGGCGGAGGGAUAUGGCCUUCAGGACGCAAAGAAGGGUGUUAUCUUCCAGAGCUUUCCACCAGUCCUGCAUCUCCAGCUGAAGCGGUUCGAAUACGAUAUCCAGCGCGAUGCCAUGGUGAAGAUCAAUGACCGGCACGAAUUCCCUCUUGACAUCGAUUUGGCUGAUUUCGUUGAAUCGGACUGCCGUGGAACCGACUCGUGGAACUACAAACUUCAUGGUGUGCUUGUGCAUUCCGGUGACUUGCAUGGGGGUCAUUACUUCGCACUGAUCAAGCCCGAGAAGGAUGGAAAGUGGUUCAAGUUCGAUGAUGACCGUGUUACUCGGGCAACCACUCGUGAAGUACUCGAGGAGAAUUACGGUGGCGAAAUCCAGAAUGGGUAUAUGUCACCGACUCCUCGUAAUAAUGGCAUCAAGAACAAGCGCAUGACGAAUGCGUACAUGUUGGUCUAUAUUCGCGAGACAGCCAUCGAUGAGGUCCUUGCACCGUUCACCGAAAUAGACACUCCUCCACAUCUGAAGGCUCGCUUAGAAGAAGAGCGUAUGGCCAGUGAGCUCAAGAGGCGUGAACGUGAAGAACAACAUCUGUUUCUGACUGCAAAGGUCAUCACGGAUGAGUCCUUCCGUUUACACGAAGGCUUCGAUUUGGCAUCUUUUGAAGAGCGUAAUUGGCCGCCCUCCGAUCUGGAGACAUUCAGAGUUCUCAAGCAGGAAACAUAUGCGCGCUUCAAGGAGAGAGUCGCUAAACAUUUCCAUUACAAUCCACAAGAUAUACGAUUGUGGCAACUAGUGAACCGCCAAAAUAAGACCGUUCGCCCUGAUGUUCCUAUUCAAGAGCACGAGUCUAAUCUCACUAUGGAAAUGGUGAGAACGAAUUCUGCCUCGCGAAACGCAGAACUUCGAUUGUACUUGGACUACUUCCCCAAUGCUGAGAAAACUCGGCUUACAGACCAAGGCAAUGCGCCAAUUAUGGUCUUUUUGAAAUCGUUCGACGUUGCGAAUCAACAAUUGCUUGGGAUUGGAAAACACUUCGUCCAACGACAUCAGAAGGUUGGGGACUUGGUAUCGUACAUCAAUGAGAUCAUGCACUUCCCUCCGGGCACACCACUGAGGCUUUAUGAGGAGAUCAAGCCUGGGAUGAUCGAGCUGAUGAAACCCAAAAACACUUUCGCACAAAGCGAAAUCCAGGAUGGUGACAUCAUCUGCUUCCAAGUGGAGAUCAGUGAGAAAGACGCACGAGACUUAGAGGAGCAGGGAAAGCAUCCUAACCCUAUCGCUCAUUACGAUUUCCUUCAGAAUCGCGUCAUGAUCUUCUUCAAGCCGAAGGUCGAGGACAAUGACCCUCAUUCGACAUUCCAGCUGGUCUUCAGCAAGAAGCAACAUUACGAGACCAUGGCACAAAAGGUUGGUGAUCAUCUUAGAUGGGAUCCGAUCAAGCUGCGUUUCACGACCACCAAUACAUCAAACGGCGCUCCCAAGAACGUUCUGAAACGAUCGCUCAAUCAGACGAUCGCGGAGAUCAUUCAGCCGAGUUAUUUGACACCACAAUCGACCAUUCUCUACUACGAGAGGCUUGAUGUCAGUAUCGUUGAGCUAGAAACAAAGCGAAGCCUCAAAGUCGUUUGGACUGGUCUGCACAAUAAGGAAGAAGGCACCCAUUCUUUCCUUCUGCCGAAGACGAACUCUGUAGCCGAUCUUGCGGACAAUCUUGCGAAGAUGGUAAAUCUAUCACCACAAGGCUCCGGAAGGAUACGAAUUUUCGACAUCAGCCGUGAUGGGAAGAUGCAAAGAGAGUACAGUUCGUCGGACAUGUUGGGCAAUCUUCCAGAAAUGAACGAAAUAUAUGCGGAGGAGAUACCCGUUGACGAAUAUACGACUGACGAAAAGGACAAGACGAUCCAUGUCUUCCACUUUACGAAGGAACCCGCUCGCUUCCAUGGCGUGCCUUUCCGUUUCGUGUUGAAAUCGGGCGAGGAAUUCUCCGAGACCAAGAAACGGCUACAAGCGCGUUUGGCAUUGUCUGACAAGGACAUUGCGAAAUACCGGUUCGCCCUCGUGUCUUCCGCCAUGUUCAAGCAACCAACAUAUAUAGCGGAUGAGGAUGUUAUCUACGAUCACAAAUUCCAGGAUGGAGAUGUCCUCGGCCUGGACCAUAUCGAUAGGACAGGAAAGACACGGAUCGGUUUGGGCGAGAAAGCGAUUGUGAUCAAGGGCUGAGCAUGGUACCAAUGGACCAAACCUCACCUUGAUUGUGAUACCAUCGCCCGCCGUGCCGGGUUUUGUUCCUUGCACACUUCGUUUUGUUCGCGUAUUAGUCAUUCUGUACUCAUGGGAUUCAACAUCAUAUAUAAAUCACGGUUUGCC